UGGGUCGCCUAGCAACGGCGGGGUCCUUCCUGGCUCCGCGGCGCUUUGGGCCUGAGGGGUGAAAACUGCCGCGGAGAGCGCUGGGGGCCGGUGGCGGCGGCGGCGCGGGAGGCGGCAACCGGACGGCGACGCGGUAUUGGCGCGCCCGGGGGUCCGGCCGCAGCACCUAACGGGAGAUGAACGCGGCCGACAAGGCCCGGCUGGGGCCCGCGGCCGACGGGCCGGCGCCGCCCGAGGGGCAGGGAGGCGAGGCGGGCAGGAAGGAGCAGGCGUCGGACGCGACCCCCGGGCCCAGCGACGCGUUCCGCCUCCUGGUGACUCGGCGGGAGCCGGCCGUGAGGCUGCAGUACGCGGUGAGCGGCCUGGAGCCGCUGACCUGGUCGGAAGACCACCGCGUAUCGGUGUCCACGGCCCGCAGCAUCGCUGUCCUGGAGCUCAUCUGCGACGUGCACAACCCGGGCCAGGACCUGGUUAUCCACCGCACCUCAGUGCCCGCCCCUCUCAACAGCUGCCUCCUCAAAGUCGGCUCAAAAGCAGAAGUUGCUGAGUGCAAGCAGAGGUUCGCCACCUCCACGGACCCCACCAUCAGCCAGACUUUCAUGUUGGACCGGGUGUUCAACCCCGAGGCGAAGGCCUUGCCACCACUGAGAGGGUUCAAGUACACCAGCUGGUCCCCCGUGGGCUGCGAUGCUAACGGCAGGUGCCUUUUGGCAGCGCUGACCAUGGACAACCGCCUGACCAUCCAGGCGAACCUCAACAGACUGCAGUGGGUGCAGCUGGUGGACCUGACCGAGCUCUACGGGGAGCGCCUCUGUGAGGCCGGUUACAGGCUCUCGAAGAGCGAGGCCCCGGCGGGGAGCCUGGCGGACUUUGCGGAGUUCCAGCGGAGGCACAGCAUGCAGACGCCGGUCAGGAUGGAGUGGUCGGGCAUCUGCACCACCCAGCAGGUCAGGCACAACAACGAGUGCCGGGACGUGGGCAGCGUGCUGCUGGCAGUCCUCUUCGAGAACGGCAACAUCGCCGUGUGGCAGUUCCAGCUCCCGUUCUCGGGGAAGGAGUCCAUCUCCUCCUGCAGCACGAUCGAGUCCGGCAUCAGCUCGCCCAGCGUCCUGUUCUGGUGGGAGUACGAGCACAGCAAUCGGAAGAUGAGCGGCCUUAUUGUGGGGAGCGCCUUCGGGCCCGUGAAGAUCCUCCCCGUCAACCUGAAAGCCGUGAAAGGCUACUUCACGCUGCGGCAGCCGGUCGUCUUGUGGAAGGAGAUGGACCAGCUGCCGGUGCACAGCAUCAAGUGCGUGCCGCUCUACCACCCGUACCAGAAGUGCAGCUGCAGCCUGGUGGUGGCUGCCCGGGGGCCCUACGUCUUCUGGUGCCUCCUGCUGAUCUCCAAAGCGGGCCUCAACGUUCACAACUCCCACGUCACAGGCCUGCACUCACUGCCCAUCGUCUCCAUGACCGCGGACAAGCAGAACGGCACAGUGUACACCUGCUCCAGCGACGGCAAGGUGCGGCAGCUCAUUCCCAUCUUCACAGACGUCGCCCUCAAGUUUGAGCACCAGCUGAUCCGGCUCUCCGACGUGUUCGGCUCGGUGAGGACGCACGGGAUCGCCGUGAGCCCCUGCGGCGCCUAUCUGGCCAUCAUUACCACCGAGGGCAUGGUCAACGGCCUCCACCCCGUGACCAAAAACUACCAGGUCCAGUUCGCCACCCUCAAAACCUUCGAGGAGGCGGCCGCCCAGCUCCUGGAGUCCUCAGUUCAGAACCUCUUCAAGCAGGUCGACUUGAUAGACAUAGUGCGCUGGAAGAUCCUGAAGGAUAAGCACAUCCCGCAGUUUCUACAAGAAGCUCUGGAGAAGAAGAUCGAGAGCAGCGGGGCCACCUACUUUUGGCGCUUCAAACUUUUCCUCCUGAGGAUUUUGUACCAGUCGAUGCAGAAAACCCCUUCGGAGGCCCUGUGGAAGCCCAGCCACGAGGACUCCAAGAUGUUACUGGGCGACUCCCCCGCGACGGGCAACGCCGAGGACGAACAGCAGGAAGAAGGCACGUCCUCCAAACAGGUGGCGAAGCAAGGCCUUCAGGAGAGGAGCAAGGAGGGGGACCCGGAGGAUGCCGCGGAUGACCCCCUCACCCAGUCGGGGGAGGGCGGAGGCCGUGAGCCCAUGGAGGAGAAGCUCCUUGAGAUCCAAGGGAAGAUCGAGGCUGUGGAGAUGCACCUGACCAGGGAGCACAUGAAGCGGGUGCUGGGGGAGGUGUACCUGCACACCUGGAUCACGGAGAACACCAGCAUCCCCACCCGGGGCCUCUGCAACUUCCUGAUGUCCGACGGGGAGUAUGACGACCGGACCGCACGGGUGCUGAUCGGCCACAUCUCAAAGAAGAUGAACAAGCAGACCUUCCCCGAGCACUGCAGUCUGUGCAAAGAGAUCCUGCCCUUCACGGACCGCAAGCAGGCGGUCUGCUCCAACGGCCACAUUUGGCUCCGGUGCUUUUUAACCUACCAGUCCUGCCAGAGUUUGAUCUACAGAAGGUGUUUGCUCCACGACAGCAUCGCCCGCCACCCGGCUCCUGAAGACCCCGACUGGAUUAAGAGGCUGCUGCAAAGCCCCUGCCCUUUCUGCGACUCGCCUGUCUUCUGAGUGUCGGUGGUGAGGAGCGGACAGAGCAUGUGCCCCGCUGGACAGCACCCCCGGGCCCGUCCACAGCGCACCCCCCGGCCCCAGGACUGGCGGCCGUCUGCGUGUGCCUGGGUGCCGAGCACUGCGCCGUUCCCAGAUGGACGCCAGCCCCCCCCACCCUACCCGGCGAGGACACUCGCUCUUCAAGUGUCUUGACUGAACCCGUCUGACAAAGGCCCCCUCGUUCCCAGGCACAGAAUGGCCUCGAGAGAUCUGGGGCACGGGCCCCGGGGGCUGAGUUAGGGGUGAGCCCCGCCGCAGUCUGGGGCUGCCCCGGGGCUCCGGGAGCUCGCGCCGCCCGGCACGAGGGGCUGCGCGCCAGCAGAUGUUCAGUGUCCGAGCCUGCGGGCCCGCCCCUCUGUCUUCCGUGAGCGGCUGCGGAGCUCACCCUGCCGGCUCUCGUUCGGAAGUGUUUUCCUGAAACUUUGUAUUUUUAGGGGUUGGAGCCAAGACUAAAACUGGGUUUCAUGUGUCAAAAGGCCCGGUGACUCCUGUACGUUGA